AUGGAUUUUCUUCGCCAUCUAAACGAAUUCAAGGCUUACCGUGAAAACAAGAGCAUGUAUCAGGACACUUAUCGUUAUAAGUAUGCACUGCCUUUCGAACGAAUCGACGACCCUCGUGGGUGGACCGUGGAGGUGUUCCAGCGCUACUGGGCCCACUCGAUCACCAUCUCCAUCUCCUACUUCGUCAUCAUGAAAGGCAUUCACCACUUCAUGGAGAAAAGAGAACCGUUCUCAUUGAAGACAACGCUUUUCUUGUGGAACACCGCACUGGCAGUCUUCAGCAUAGCCGGAUUUAUUAGAUACUCAGAGGAGAAUAACGGCUGCUUAGCCAUGGGCGAUGUCGCGCUCGCUCUUUCGGUGGCAGGUGUGGCAGCUGAAGGAGACAGUAUGCUGGAGACGGAUAGGAAUACAGACGAGCUCGCGUUUCCGGCUGAGCUAAAAAUCAACAUGAUACAUGAUAACGGUGAGGAGUAUUUUAAGAAUGGUCAAUGA